AUGCCCGCUCUGCUACCCAUCUUUAAGAAGGCAUACUGGUCCUUAGCUGCAGCUGGCCUGCUGUACGCCGUCUUUGUAACAUUCCUGUGUAACAGCUGGGUCCAACGACACGCCCUCUACGCCCACAAGCUUCACAGUGGCUUCUACCACGAUGUCAGCAUACCCGAGUCUUUCGGCUUUGCGAAGAACCAAGUAACCCCGUUCAACAUUACGACCCCAGAUGGCGAGACCUUAUACAGCUGGCACGUCUUGCCUCUCAGCGUAUACGCCAAACACGAAGCCGAGAUCCUCAACCAACCCGCCGGGCCCGUCUCGGACUUCAAGCAGAGCACUGCCUUUAAGCUCCUGACUUCAGAUCCACAGAGCCGUCUCAUCAUCAACUUCCACGGCAACGCCGGCCACGUCGCCCAAGGCUGGCGCACCGACACUUACCGCUCGCUAUCCUCCCUUCCAAACACCCACAUCCUCACCGCCGACUACCGCGGCUUCGGCCGCAGCACCGGCACCCCCUCCGAAACAGGCCUGAUCACCGACGGCAUCUCCCUCGCCCGCUUCGCCCUCUCUCUCGGGAUUCCCGCGCACCGGAUCGUGAUCCUAGGCCAGAGUCUCGGCACCGCCGUCGCCAGCGCCGUGGGUGAGGUAGGGGAAGGCGAGCCGGCAGAGUUUGCGGGCAUCGUCCUGGUCGCGCCCUUCACAUCCCUCCCAAAGUUGUUGACGACGUACCGCAUCUUCGGCCUCAUCCCCGUCCUCUCGCCCCUGCGGUACUAUCCUCGCAUCCAGGCGCGCGUCCUGGCGUAUAUCGUCGACACGUGGGAUACUGCGUCACGGAUUGGGUCGCUGGUCCGGUGUUAUGCCGCAGAGGGGAGGGGGAGGCUGCGGCUGCAUAUCCUGCAUGCGCGGAAUGAUUUCGAUAUCCCUUGGCGGCAAGGAUCAGAUCUGUUCUUUACCGCCGCGAAUGCGAGCAGCGCUGCUGAUGGUGGGGUUACGAAAGCAGAGUUUGAGGAGAGGAAAGAGGUUGUAGAGAAGGGAGAGGGUGGGAGGACGGAGGUAUGGAAGUUCGGGGAGGGUAGUACGGUGAUCUUUGAGUUCUUGAGGCAUGGAGGACAUAAUCGUGUCGUUACGUAUUCUCCCGUUGCGUUAGCUGCACUCCGUGCGUUCGAGGCGGCUGAAGGACGGAUUAAAGGGGAAUGA